AUGGAAGACAGACUGAACGUAAUCGGAAAUGCGUUGGAGGCUAUUUACAAUACUACUGUUAGUAACGAACGACGAGCAGCUGCAUCUCAGGUUAUCGAGUCAGCAAAAGAAUUAUCUCCUGCUGAUGUAGAACAGAUUGCCUAUGCACUGAUCUCGAAGAAGGAUCUCAUUCUUGCUCGAACAGGCUGGAAUUUUCUCGAACAUAUCAUUAAAUUUAAAUGGUUAGUGAUAGAUGAACAAUCACGCUUUACCAUUCGAUGUACCUGUUUUGCUGCAAUGAAAUCGGAUGCCAUGCUGCGGAAUGAACUGAGGUGUGCUGCAGCACGAUGUGUCGUCUUAAUGAUGGAGCAUGAAUGGCCUCAGAAUUGGCCGGAACUUUUUGAUCAACUUGAAGAUAUUGCUUCUGUAUCGGCAACCCAUGCUCAAAUUCCAUUUAUCACACUGCAGCUUUUGGUCGAAAACGUUGUCACUUUGGUAACUGUUGAAAACAUUUCCAGAAGGAAAGAUCUUAACAAUGCUAUUGCCUCUAAUGUACCACGUAUACUUCAUAUUAUUCAUCUUGCCUUGCGUGAAUGUUCUGUCGAAAUAACAGACGAAUCUUAUUCCUUGGUCCGUUCCGCUUUGGAUUUGUUCGGUGAACUUGUUGAAUGGCUACCAGCUAAUGUUUUAGAACCUUAUAUCAAUGAUUUGUUAUAUACAGUUUGUUCAUUCCUUGACACGCCUCAGCAUUGCAUAUAUGAAGUGGCGGCGAAGUGUUUAUGGAGGUUAGCUUCACGAAAGCAAGCAAAAAAUGAAGAAAAUCUUGUGGUUUUUGCUCUCUUCGGUGAUGUUCCAAUGCGAUCAAUUCUUAGAGCUGCUAACCAAGCAGCAAGUGUUGGUGCUGGUAAUGUGGAACAUUAUCGUUUUCUAAAAACUCUUUGCAAUGUUUUAUCCGCAUUGGGAAUUCAUCUGGCGGAUGUUUGUACCCAACGACCGCCCAAUUUUGGCAUGUAUCUAGCUGCUAUCGAAGCAUUCUUUUCACAUCCAUCAGUAUAUUUACGAAAUGAAGCAGUUGCUGUAUUUGCUUCAUUAAUAAAUCACGAGAAAAUUGGAGAUGACGAAAUAUUCAAUGAAUGCAUUUGUCGUGUGAUCAUUUCUACACCUAAUUCAUUGGAAAAAGUCGGAUAUCCGUCUCAGAAUGGCCAUGAAACUUGUCGCUUCUCACAACAUGAUUACGAUGACGAUAAUGAUUUCUCCCAUGAGUUUACGCAAUUUCGCGACCGUUGUUUGAAAGUUAUUCGUUCUUGUUGCACUGAAAAGCAUGUCGGCUUGCUUAUCAGUAUUGUUGAAAAAUGGUUUAUCAGUCGAUGCCUAAUAUGUCCAGAUCUAGUGAGACAAACCGAAUGGGAUGCAAUGCAGCGUUUUUCGAAACUUGUUUUAUGGGAAUGUCACAGCAGAAAGCUAUUGAAUCCUGACAGUUACAAAAGAUUAAGUUUAUUAUUUGAUGGGAUGCUGAUAUUAAUGGCAAAAUGUACUUCACCGUUAUUGAUGAACAACUUAUUAUCUAUGCUUUCGACCCUGUUGGUUACUGUUGGAAGGUAUCCACAAUUACUUGUUUCUCUUCUAUCUCAGUUACGGCGACCUUUGAGUGAUCACGUGGAUGAUGAUAUUGAUGAGAAAUCUGUCAAGAGACACUGUAUAGCUUUAUUAUUGAGGAUAGUCACUAUUUUUGCUGACGACAUCAAGGGACAAGCGGGAACCAUUCUGGAAUUUUGUCUUUCGAUACGCCCCUUUUUAUCAUUGAUGCAGUUAGCUUCUUGUAUGCAAAUAAUUGCUGCAUUAAGCAAUCUUUGUGUAGAUUUUGCGACGCAGAAUAAUUUCCUGUCCAGUGCUUUGUCUGACUCUUUGCAUUAUUUCCUUCAAACUGAAAUUCAGGAGGUUUUCCAAAGCGAUAUAGCAUUCCUGUCUUUUUUUGGUUUCACUUCUCCUGCACCAGCAAAUGUUGCAGAAGCAGCAAAAUCGUCUUUCAUGCUCAAUCGUCGAAGGUUUCGAGCACAUUUAUCGACUCUUGAAGGAAUAAUGGCACAAACUCAAUCGAUCGCCCCUCCUUUUCAUCCCGCCUACAGUGCUUUCCGACCAGUUUUACCAGCAAUAUUUUUAUUAGUAAAACGUUUAAACUCGUUGUACGAUCCGAAAAAUGCGAGUGUUAUACAUAUGUCGUAUGGACCCAUAUCCAUUUUUGAAAUUACCAGCAGUGAACGACAACAAUUAUUGACAUCAGUUGAUUCAUGUCUGUCGUCAACCGCAAGAAUUUUAUCUGAUGAUCCAGGAACUCAUGCUCGUGCAUUCCUUUUUGAUGUUACAGAAAAAAUGCAAACUUUAAUUGGAUAUUUUGCAAGUAAAGCAGCGAAGCAGCUGUUUUCGGAUUCAGAAAUCGGUAGUUGGUCAUUGUUUCUUUCUUGCCAUCUCACCUAUAUUCCAGAUUUCCGUUUACGAUUUUGGUUAAGAAGAACGUGGAAACCGUUUUUAUGCGCAUGUCCGGAAGCUGCAUAUCACAGUGUUAGGCAGUUGUUGUUGAUAGUGAUUGAAGAGUUGAGCAAACGACUGCAGAGUAGAUGGAAGCAACUUACAACUUUGGAAUGCUCCGAAGAUGAGGAACCUUCUCAGGAACAGUUGUUAGUUGAGCAUAUGGCUUGUAUUUUAACACGGGAAUGUACAAUUCUUUUGCGGGAUUUAUUUGGUAUUUCGGACGUAGGUGACAAAAUCGAGGAAGCAUCCUGCAUAAAAAACUGCUUCUUGAAAGAUGAGGAUGUAAUAGGAAAAAUUGUCGAGUGUGUGUUUUUGUGCUUAACUUAUCGUGAUGCAACUUCAGUGGUUCGAAUAAUACCUGUCUGUAGGAAUGUAACCGAAAGUUUAAAUGAAAGAUGCAGUGAAGGAAUAGCUGUCUUCAUGCUUGUUCAAAGUAUCCAGAGUUUACAAAUUCAUGGAUCGGAUGAAUUGGCUGUCACUCAUCUUUUAUCCCUUGUCUUUUUUAUUUACUCUUCUUUGAGAGAGCGAUUUUCCAGUCUGUCUCAGAUAUUGCAGCAAGUACCGGAAUGUUCUGUAGAAGAAGUAGAAAGAUUGGAUCGACGGAUUGCAUCUAUGAAGUGUAACAAAGAUUUUGCAAAUGAAAAAAUGAAAAGAGAAAUCAUGAAAAAAUUACUCCGAACUGUGAUAGCGACUUCAGUUGGUGAGCAGCACAGAAGACCAGUCCAUCAUCGUCCACUACCUCCUAUUCCGAGAAGAAAGGAACAUCCUGAAGAGGAUUUCACAGACUUAAGAUUUUUAUUUGAUGAUAUCUGA